GUUCCAUGCAUUUACGGUGGGAAUUUUUUAUUUUUUCAUGCCUCGCAUAAUAUUUUUGAAAAAGGGCAUUGAAAAAAAUUAAUUGAGUCGGAGCCGAUCAGAAUCGAUGACCUUUGCCAUCCCUGGAGUUAGCUUUGGGAAUUAGGACUGGAAUAAUACUAUAACAGCAUCUUCUUCAACGUUUGCGUCGUUGAAACGCACCGUUUCUUUGUACUUCUGGACUCGCUCUACCCGCGAGAGAUAGAGGCUGUGCUCUGAUGGCGGAGAAACCCCAACCAGUGCGCGUACUGUACUGUCCAAUUUGCAGUUUUCCCGCUGAGUACUGUGAAUUCGGCCCUGAUUUCGAAAAAUGCAAGCCCUGGUUGAUCCAAAACGCCCCUGACCUUUACCCCGAUCUCGUCAAAGAGGCAAAUCUCAAGGAAGCUAACAAGGUCGCUGAGCAGUUACAAUCCGCCAGCAUCUCAUCCAGCGGCGGUGACGGUGCUACUCUUUCAGGGGCUGGUUCUGCCCCCAAGGAAGAAGUAAAACGUCUUCCUGGAGGGAAGAUAAAAAAGAAAGAGAAGCAAGAAGUUGUUAUUGAAAAGGUCACACGUAACAAGCGGAAGUGUAUCACCACUGUUAAAGGGCUGGACCUGUUUGGUGUUAAACUUAGCGAUGCAUCAAAAAAACUUGGGAAAAAGUUUGCUACUGGAGCCUCUGUUGUUAAGGGUCCAACUGAGAAGGAGCAGAUUGAUGUUCAGGGAGACAUAUCCUAUGACAUUGUGGACUUCAUUACGGAGACCUGGCCUGAUGUCCCAGAAACUGCAAUUUAUUUUAUUGAAGAUGGUAAGAAGGUCCCAGCUACUUGAUUUCUGAAUCAUAAGUACAAGUGGUAUGGAGUGUGGCAUCUUCUUCUUUGGCCUGAAACUUUCCAAACUGAAUGCAGUCUCAAGGUAAAUGGACUGCUGAAAAGAAUCUAAUCACCAGCGAAACAUUUUGUCACGUAUUAAAUCUCCAUUUUCUUUGUUUUGGAACUGGAAAUGUGUCUUGGAAUUAAUAGCCACAAUUUGUACAGGCACAGUAUGCUGUUUGCCUUUUUUAUUUUAAAAGCUGCUGAGUUGAAUUCUUCAUAAGCAACAGGUUUUUCAUGAUAUGCUACAUAGUUUAUCCUAGUGAUAGAGCUGCUGCUACAGGGAGUUUUAAGCUUUUAUGUGUCCUCAGGGCAAUACACAUAGUUUUGAAUUUGUCUACAACAGUGACGGUUAUAUCUAACCUGCAAUUUAUGUUGAGGGGUGAUUUAGCACCUUAGUUUUGUUUUGUA